AAGAAAGCAUUCGGAGGAAUAACAUUUAUUUUUUUUUCUCCUCUUCCUCCCUUCACAAAAGGAUAACGAAAGGAAAAGAUGACUUAAGAAUGAAGAGAAGAACAAGAGAGAAAAAGGAUUAGAGAAGUUUAUCUAGAGAUUAGACAAAACAAAGAGACAAAUCACAAUUUUUUAUUUUUAUUUUCUUUCUCGUCUGACAUUUUUCUGGAGGAAAAGGAAUAUUUGAUCAGGAUGGAGCAGCUUAGCAAGGCCAACGCAUGUGACACAACCGCAGGCACCAUGUCACCUCUCUGUGUCACAAACACAAGUGCCAAUCUGGAGGGAUCUGCCGUUACUUCGACCGUUCCUGACCGCGCCUUGUUUAGUGAGGAUGACAGCGAAGAGCAGUUGCGUGAAGAUCCUGAAUUUCUACACUUACUUUCUCCUACUAUUCCUCGCAAACUUCCUGCUCAUAAGUUUUCUCUCACCCCAAAGCCUAAAGAAGAGCUGAUAAAGAACUAUGAAACAGAAGUGGAGGAUGAAAUAAAGAUCAAUUUAACAACACCACAUACAUCAGUCAACAUUGCUCUUGAUUGUCCUGGGCGCCCAGCAAAAGGACGGAAGUCUUCAAUCACUUCAUUAGGUGAAAAAUCAUGCAGGCAUCUCUUCACCAAAAACAUGAUAGCUAGUGAUAUUUCAGAGAAAAUCCAAGAUGGAGACUCCAAAAAUGUUACUCCAAGAGCUGAUGAAGAAGAGCAUGAAGAAGAAGGGUUACAUGUCAAAGAAUUAUUACAAAAAAGUGAUUUGAAUGCCCAGGUAGAAGAGGGUUAUGUAUUGGAGCAUGGUAUGGAUUGCUUACCAGAACAGCAGGCACAGUUGAUAAAGCAUAUGUCCUUAAACAGCCCAUUAGGGGACAAUAUACCUACUGCAGUCACACCCAUUGGUUCCCCUCAUAUGUGUCCCUGGUCGUCAUCUGCAUCAAGUUGCUCUGGGUGUUCCUCCUGCGUUUCCUCUGAAUUGGAAUCACCAGUGCUAUUUCAGGUCAAGGCAGCCAGUCAGACCAUAGAGUCCAGUGGAGAAGAUUUUGAUGUGAACUUGCCACUGACAGAAGAGGCAUUAUGUAAUAUGCCCUAUACCAGCACUCCUGCCAGAGAGUCGAGUGAUGAGACCGAAGUAAAAAAAUGCCAGCAGGAAGAGGAGACACAAACAGAAGAGAAAAAAGAUAUAAAAAGUUUUGUUGAGACAAAUAGCCCAAAGGCAGAGGGCAGUAGUCUUCCCAUACCAAUACCCUCUAUUAACUUGAAUACAGGCACACACAACUUCCUGAGCCCAGCAAAGGACUAUGGUUCUCUUGGUGAUCAGUUUAAGGUCGCAAAGCUAGAGACCAAUGUCACUGUCUCAAGUUUUGGGAGCACCUCAAGCAAUUGGACUGCAAUCAGUGGGAUCAGUCCACUCCCCUCAAGCCUUACUAGAUGUACUUGUUACAAGUACUCCAAUAAACAAGAAAAUACAGUUAGAUGUGAUGGAUUUAUCUGCUGUAACAACAAAUCCUGAUCAAGAAGGGUCUCUUCACCUGAUGCCUAGAGAAUCCCGGUUUGUCUACUCCUCAGAACUGAAGUUCAUAGAUACAUUUAAUUCACAAGGAAGCAUAAUGGAUGUGGGGUUAGCAGGAGAAGACAGAGGACUAUCACAGCCUUCAGGAACACCACUGUCAGGAAGUAACAAGGAAAACAUACCACCCAGCAGUGCCUUAUGCUCAGUCAGCCACACUGAACCAGAUCCCAGUACCAUUGAAGAAAUAUCACAAUCUGACAGUAAGCAGACAGCCUUCAAUGAAAAUUGUUUGGAAUAUGGACUUCCAAGAGAUAAUAAGGAUAGCAUUCCGAACUGGAUAUUUCUUGACAGUCCAAUUUUAGGGAAGGAUAUGUUAAAGAGAAUGUUGGAGGAUUCCAUCACACCCUCCAGAAGGAAACGUAGGAAGCCAAUUAUCCGACAUCUGACUGAGGAAGAGGCUCGUGCUCUUAUUGCUGCUCCUGAGACAAUGCCAGAUGAUGUCUGGGAAGACCUGCCAAUUAUUCGUCGAGCUUCAUCUGUAGAUGAGAGCCUCUUCCGUUCUGUGAUGCUUGGUGAACCUUUAUCUACUACACUUGAGUAAGAACAUGGUAACAGGAACCCUUAUAUGUGAUGUUAUUUAUUUAUUGUGAUGUACCCUUUUUUUAAACAAGUAUCACUAUUUCAUUUUUUAAAGGAUAGCUUGAAUUGCUUAGCUGAAAGUAUUAUUUUCAGUAAGUUGUCAAAUGUAACUGCAUGAAUGCAAAGUUGUUUUUUUGUUCAUGCUUUUCUCGAAAGGGUUAAUAAUUAUAAACUUGUUUAUUACCUGUAGAGAUUUUAUGUAUUAUUGAUUUGAAAGGUCUAGAAUAUCUAAAUUUAUUAGGAUCACAGUAUCUUUUAUAUAGAACUUUAUUGAUGUUUUAUGGUUAAAUAAUCAAAACUUGGUCAGACUUUCAAAGUAAAAUAGUUGGUGUACCCAUGUUCAAAGUAAGGAAACGAACUGUAAUUAAUUUAUUUUCUUAUGUAAAGAGUUCAUAAUUCAGAAUAUACACUUAACCUUCCAUAUUUCUCUUUCACUAAACAUAGAUUUUGCUUUCCUAUAAAUAAAGAUAUUUAUUUUUGCAAUAAAGUUUACACUAUUUUUUGCAUUAAGGGAAUUACUCAGCUUUUUUGUUUAUAUUUUCCCAGACAAGAGUAUAUGGAAUUCAAAGAAUGUUUUUUCUUUUCCAAGUAAAUUAUUUUGCAGAAGUUCCAGCAUUUCAUUUCACUGAUCAAUAUGAAAUAUUCCUCUUCCUGUUCUGUUAAUUACCAGUGAGUGCUAGUUUUGAGUAAUCCUUUGGUUUGCUAAUGUUAUUGUAUUUGCAAAAUAAAAUGUAUUUGAUGUGA